ACCCGUAUACCCUUCAACACUUAGCUUUACUGCCAGAAAGCUGAAAGCAGACCCUUCUGGGGAUGGCGACGUUCUGUUCGACAUAGCACGACCUUCCACCGAAGAUCAAAUAAAAACAAGAAUGGCCCAACACUUAAACACGUCCACCACAAAUCAAACAAAAAAUAGAAUAACACAACACUCAGACACACCCACCGAGCCCACCGAGUCCUCAGGUUCAUCAACAAACAGCAUUUCACCGGAGUCGCGGAGAAAUCAAGAGUUACAACAGGCCUCGAGAGAGCGCGAAAAUUUAUCACAAUCUCCCUUGAGAUAUUUUGCUGACGAAUCACCAAGCCGUCGAUACCACCGUGGCCUUGUACCAGGCUCGCAAUCUUCUUGGGAUUUCGCCUUGUCUUCACAAGACCAUGCGCCUCGCCCUCAGGCGGAAGAGCACGCAAGGUCUUCAGAAACAAGCAGAAACUGGAUUGCUCCACCCGGCGGCUUCCCUCGCCGACCCAAUUCCCCACAAGAGGGCGAGAACCUCUACUAUCCAAGCUCGGUAAAUGGUGAAAGUGAUGCAGAAGACGAUACAGGAGAAGGCGAUGCACUUGUAAGUUCUCAGAAGAUCCAUAGGGGGGAAGCAGAACGAAACUAGAAAAUAUGGCUCGACGUGUUAUUGAACGUGUUUAAAAGAAAAGAAGUCACUGAAUAAGUAUUAUAUUAUUGUAUAGGGCUCUGACGAAGAGGGGGAUAACAACAAGCACAAUGUACAGGAAGAGCAGCAACAGCCAGCAAUGAUACCUCAAGCACCACAAGAACAACGUCAAAGCCAAGUCGAUGAUGAAGGACAGCAGCCACAUAGAAAGCUAAGAGCAAA